UCGCAGACAUGUUGCGUGUACAUCUCGCGUAAAUCUGAUUCAUUCUUACACGGAUUCUGCGAGGGUGGUCGUGUGGUGCAUGUAGACACAGCCUGGCACGUAAUUCUGCGGAUUUCUCAACCGUUACCAUGUCUUCAGGCAAGAAGAACAAGAAGAAGAAGGGAGUGACCGUUAACUUGUAUUCAUUCCUGGCCGACGGAAAUGGCCCGGCCCCUAAUAUGCCCAUGAAAUCGUCUAAUUGGGCUGACGAUGUGGAGGACGAUCAUGAAGGAUUUUCAUCGAGGAGCAGCAAAGACCCGGUUAUACUGCCGACCGCUCCAAGGGCUGCACGAGGACCAGGGAUAGAUGAGGAAAAUAUCCCUACAAGUCCUCCUUAUGUAGCCUACAUAAGCAAUCUGCCGUACGAUGUAGAUGAAGCUGAUCUGGCAGAUUUCUUUGCGGAAAUGAAGAUUUCAAACAUGCGUUUGCCAAAAGACGCAAAUAAAAUUAAGGGCUACGGUUAUGUCGAAUUUGAAGAUCGCCAGAGUCUCAUUGAUGCUCUUUCAAUGACAAACACGACGAUUAAGACGAGACGAGUAAGAAUUGAAGUCUCGAACAGCAGUAACGAUGAUCGUCGAGGUGGUAGGAUGGGUAGAGACAACCGUAGGGACAAUUAUGAUGAUCCGGAACGCACGUCCGGCGACUGGAGAAGUGGACCGCGUGAGGAAUUGCCGGAGGGAGAUUCGUAUCGUAGUCGAUACGAUAGAUCUGGAUUUGACAGAGAUCGAAGAGAAGAGAGACACGAUUACGAUAACAAGCCAGGUGCAUGGCGCGAGAGAGACAGCAAUGAUAAGGGAUCCGCGUUUAAAGAAAGGGGAUUCAGAGAUGAUAGCAGGGAUAGAGACAGGGACUGGAAUCGUUUUGGUGAUCGAGGGAGAAGCAGAGAGAGAGACGGGGACAGGAGCAGUAGUUUCGGGCCACGUCGCAAUUAUGGCGAUUCUUCUGAUUGGAACCGUGAUCGUCGAGAGCGCCAAGAUCUAGAGCCAAAACCCGAGUCACGGCAAAGACCGAAACUGCAACUGCAGCCUCGCACGAAACCCGUUGAGGCCAUUGUAGGUGGGGAAGAAUCGGCAGUUAAGGACGGCACGACGGAAUCGAAAUCAACGGAAUCGAAAUCAACAGCGGAUUCGGAAUCGACUCAACGGGCGCCAGUGUCCGUGCCGGCGGCCAACAUUUUCGGUGCUGCGAAACCUGUAGAUACCACUGCCCGUGAGCGAGAGAUAGAAGAACGUCUCGCCAAGUCGUACGCGGAAUCACGAUCCCGAGAGGAGUCGGACACUAAGGAACGUAGAGACGGUACUUGGGGUCGACGUAAUGGCGAAGGACGCGACGACAAAGAUAAGGACAAGGACAAAGAUAAAGAACAGGACAAGGAGGAGGACAAGGAGGAGGACAAGGAGAAGGAGAAAGAGAAAGAGAAGGAGAAGGAGAAGGAGAGGGGGCGACCAGCUUGGCGAUCAGAAGAAGAUAGAGGUACUCGGCUUGAAAGAUCCGCGCCGAGAUCUCAACCAACUCCUACUCGUUCUGCGGAGGAACAAAGUGGACCCAAAGCAUCACCAGCCUCACGUUCUGGGCCACCGACAUCCAAAGGACCUCAGAAAUCCGCCGAGAAAGAUACUCGUGCGGUGGAAAGAGAUCGCAAAGACAAAGAAAAAGAUGAAAUCAGUAGAAUGCCGAAGGCAAAAGACGAACAAGCUCCAAAUUUUGUAGCUUCCAAUAAAUAUUCAAUGUUGCCGGACGAUGUGGAUCCCGACAACAUCGAUGAAUAGUCUCUGACUCUAAUUUGCAACACACACCUAAAUUGUGCCACAUGCAACACACAAUUAUGCAUUAUCACAAUUUGUUUUACUUCUGCUACUACAUAAAAUCAUCGUAAGUCAGGCGUUGUACUACUUUAUUGGAAUUAUUGUUGAUUUGUAUUUAAUCUCUAUUUUAAUAUUCUCAAUAUAACUAUAUUUCUAUAUCAACUUAUACAUUUACUUUGCAUUUCGGCACGAAGAAUUUUGGCAUUGUUAAUCCGCAAUGUCGCAAAUUUCUCGUGAUUACCGAAUGAUCAAUUGCAUCAAACUUUUUGUAUGUUUCCAAGAAUAAUCACACUGUAUAUGGGGUGUAGCAAUUGGAACUUUAUACAUCAUACUUAAUCUGCUGUACAGUAAUUGUACGAUAUGUGACUCGUUUACAUGUAAUAUAACAAUGCCAAUAUAGAAGGAAAUUAAAAUAAUAAGUAUAUGGGAACACAA